UUAAGGACUCGCACUGUGUGCCGCGUGGAGUGGGUGUGUUGGCAGAGCACAGCAGAAAGGCUGCAUACCUGGAGGUGAAAUCUUGAAAUAACUAAUCUUACAUUAAAAGCAGCGCUCUGGAAUUGCUUAUAAAUCGCUUGUCUCCUGUAAUGUGCUUUGCUCAUGAGACCACUUUAAACUGAAGCAAUUUCUCCAUGAGUUCCACAAGAGUUCUUCAUAUCCUCAGUCCCCCAAUGCCGGGUCCAGUUAUGCCCGCAGAGGUGGCUAUGCAGCUGUAUAUUACUCAUUCUCCCCCACUGCGCAACUUCCUGAGCUCUUAUGAAGACUACAGGACACGCAACCUGGUCAAAACCUGCUACAAACCCCUGCGGCCCUGCUUGAGCUCCAGAGCCCACCUGGAGCCCCACUGUCGGGGCUGGCAGAAUCCAAAAUCCAAAGGCAAGAAGAAGGUUGUGUUUGCCGAUUCAAAGGGUAUGUCGUUAACAGCGGUGCAUGUCUUCUCUACUUUCGAUAAUAGAGAACCCGUUACAUCCGAACUGCAGUUUGACCUGGAAGACCUAGGGGACGUCUCAUCCACUCUCCAUAUAAAUUCAGUCCAGAGCAGAAUUCUAGACUUUCCGCAGCCAGCGGCAGACUAUCUGGAUUUCCGUAGUAGGUUGCUGAAGAAUUUGGUUUGCUUGGAGAACUGUACUCUACAGGAGCGGACCCUCACCGGCACGAUCAAAGUGCGUAACCUGGCCUACGAGAAGUCUGUCCAUGUGCGGAUCACUUUCGACACCUGGAAGAGCUUCCAGGAUCUGGAAUGCACGUUUAUGAAUGAUGUCUAUGGCUGCCAGGAUACAGACACAUUCUCGUUUGCCAUUGAAUUACCAGGGUACGUGGCACCUCAGAAUAAGGUAGAAUUCUGCAUUAGCUACACAACUGGAGAGCAGACCUACUGGGACAACAACGAUGGCAAAAACUAUGGACUUGUUUCAACAUCUUGGCAACAAAACAAUAAAUGGAAUUCCUCAACGCAGGGGAAGAAACCAAAUGAAUCCAGGAAGUUAGGCAGGAACACGCAAGACAAUGAAGUUUAUAAAUGUAAAAGUCCUCUACAAUCCAAUGGCAUUUUUCCAAAGUGGCAGAGGUGGGGGAACAUUGCAAUCAGCAGCCCCUACUGGUGACUUGAGCUGACAUAAUUAACUAUCCAAAAGUGUUGAAAGCUUUUAGAAACAAUAUUUCUAAACAAUUGCCAAUUUUCUACGGAGCUCCUAAAGUGACAUGGUGAUGAAAAUGUGAGAUGGGAGGAAAAAUAAUAUUUCAACGUUUUUGCUUUUGCUAGCAAAACCUUUCCAUUCCCAAACAUUUGGGAGAGAACCCAAAAGCAUUGACAUAUAAUUUUUCCUCCCAUUUCAUAUUUUUUUCCCAUCACCAUGUCCCUUUAGGGGCUCCAUAAUUUUAGCUGAUUUCCAUUUGAAGAAUUUAUUAUGGAAGAAAUGAACUGUUGGUGUGCAACCAGUGAGAUUAUCCUUCAUAUUGAAGGGGUAAACUUUAACUGGUUAAUUUCUUGGAGGAAAAGAAAGAAAUAUUAAUAUUUAUCAUAUUUAAUAUGUACUUCUUGAAUAAAUCGGCCUUAAAAAUCAAUUUGGUUUAGAUCAUUUUGUUUAUCAAGCUUUUUAUUUGCAAGAUGUGCACGUUUAGGUGUCUCUUUUAUUCAUGUUUGGGAUGUGUUAGAAAUGUAAUGUGCUGAAUUUAAUGCAAUUGAAUGCAAUAAGCUAAACAAAUCGCCUGAUAAUGGUUUAUGUGCCUUAGUAUCUGAGAAAAUGUCAGGAAGUGUUGGUUUGUUGGUAAUUUUUUUAUGCUUUAAGUGCAAUUCAAUGAAUAUGAGUGGAAUUGGUUGUGAUAUCAUGUAUGAAUCAUAUGUGAAGAUAAGAAUGGCUGUAUUUUAUUAAAGAAAGAAUGGAUGCCUUGGUAAAUGAGUAUGUAUUUAAUGUGAUUUUUCUAAAAUAAAAUGAAUAAAAAUUCA